GCGGCGGAGGCGGCCGCCUCCCGGCCCCGGCGGGCUGCCCCGGCCGGUGGGCGGCGCCGGGCGGUGAGACGCAGGGGGCGCCUCGCCCGCCCGCCCCGGCCCCCCUCCCUGGGUGUAUAUAGCAGCGGCGCGGCGCGGCGCGGCUCCCGCGGCGGGCAAGAUGGCGGCCGCCGCCAGUACGCAGCCCCCGCAGCCGCCGAAGCUGGCGCAGCUGCUGAAGCGGGACCCCUACCUGAUCCCCUUCGAGACGGACUUCAGGCGCAGGUAUUCUCUGUUUUAUCACCACUUGAAGAACAUUGAGGAAAAUGAAGGAGGCCUUGAUAAAUUUUCAAAAAGUUACAAAACGUUUGGAGUAAAUCAGUUUGUGGAUGGUGGAAUAUAUUGCAAAGAAUGGGCACCAGGAGCAGAAGCAGUGUUUCUCGCAGGUGACUUCAAUGACUGGAACCCAUGUUCUCAUCCAUAUAAGAAGAUGGAAUAUGGAAAGUGGGAGUUGUUCAUUCCACCUGGAGAAGAUGGUUGUCCUCCUGUGCCCCAUGGAUCAAAGCUGAAGGUGGUGAUUCGUGCUCAAAAUGGCGAACUCCUCUAUCGUAUUUCUCCUUGGGCAAGAUAUGUAGUCCGUGAUGAAGACAAAGUGAAUUACGAUUGGGUACACUGGAAUCCACCACAGUCAUAUAUACAUAAGCAUCCUUCCCCCAAGAGAUUAAAAAGCCUAAGAAUCUAUGAAUCUCAUGUGGGGAUUGCCUCCCCAGAAGGGAAAGUAGCUUCUUAUAAAAACUUCACAUACAAUGUACUACCCAGAAUAAAGGAUCUUGGCUAUAACUGUGUCCAGCUGAUGGCUAUUAUGGAACAUGCAUACUAUGCCAGUUUUGGUUAUCAGGUCACAAGCUUCUUCGCAGCGUCAAGCCGUUAUGGAACUCCAGAUGACCUGAAAGAAAUGAUUGACGUUGCUCACUCAAUGGGCAUCACUGUUCUGCUGGAUGUUGUGCACAGCCAUGCAUCAAAAAACUCUGAUGAUGGGCUCAACAAGUUUGAUGGUACAGAUUCUUGUUUCUUCCAUUCUGGUCAUAGAGGAACUCAUCAGCUCUGGGACAGCAGGCUCUUUGACUAUGCAAAGCUUCCUUUGCCACCACCUUCUUGGAUAAGGGCAUUGGAAAAGAUGAAAAUCUACUUUGACUAUGUUAUAAGAAAUUCCAAGAUGGUUGGAAAACAUCUGCUGCUUCUACUCAGCUGGGAAGUUUUGCGAUUCCUUCUGUCUAAUUUGAGAAUGUGGAUCGAAGACUAUCGCUUUGAUGGCUUCCGAUUUGAUGGUGUUACAUCCAUGUUGUAUCACCAUCAUGGGAUUGGCACAGGAUUCAGUGGAGAUUACCAUGAAUAUUUUGGCCUACAUGUGGAUGAAGAUGCUUUGUGUUAUCUAAUGCUGGCCAACCACAUGAUUAAUUUCUUGCAUCCGGAAUGCAUAACCAUAGCAGAGGAUGUUUCUGGAAUGCCAGCACUUUGUCGUCCUGUUGCAGAGGGAGGAGGGGGUUUUGAUUAUCGACUAGCCAUGGCUAUUCCAGAUAAGUGGAUACAGAUAAUUAAGGAGCUGAAAGAUGAAGACUGGAAUAUGGGCAAUAUUGUGCAUACAUUAACAAAUAGACGGUAUGAAGAAAAAUACAUUGCAUAUGCAGAGAGUCACGACCAGGCACUUGUUGGUGAUAAGACAUUGGCGUUUCGACUGAUGGAUGCGGAGAUGUAUACAAAUAUGAGCGUGCUCUCGCCUCUUACUCCAGUUAUUGAUCGUGGAAUACAGCUUCAUAAAAUGAUUCGUCUCAUUACUCAUGCACUUGGAGGAGAGAGCUAUCUCAACUUCAUGGGUAAUGAAUUUGGACAUCCAGAAUGGCUUGACUUCCCCAGAAGAGGGAAUAAUGAGAGCUACCACUAUGCCAGAAGACAGUUUAAUCUUACUGAGGAUCAUCUUCUUCGCUAUAGAUUCCUAAAUGCAUUUGAUAGAGAUAUGAAUAAAUGGGAGGAAAAAUUUGGCUGGCUUGCAUCUCCCCCGGCCUAUGUGAGUGAAAAGCAUGAAUCCAAUAAGGUCAUAGCAUUUGAGAGAGCAGGUCUCAUUUUUAUUUUCAACUUCCAUCCGUAUCAAAGUUACGUGGACUACAGAGUGGGUAUUGAAACUCCAGGAAAGUAUGAAAUCCUUCUGGAUUCUGAUGCUGCAGAAUAUGGAGGGCAUCAAAGGCUGGACCACAGUACAGAGUACUUCUCUGAAGAAUGUCCUCACAAUUAUCGACCUAAUUCAAUUAUGCAAUCCAAUUCACAGACCACCUUCAGCCAACACCCCAGAAGAUGCCACAGGCACCACAUAGAGGUGUACAUUCCAAGCAGAGUGGCUAUUGUGCUUCAGAAUAUGGAUAUCCCAAAAUGAAGUUUUCUGUAACUUACCACUUGAAGAAGCAAGUCAUAGAAGAAGUGCUGAUACGCUGUACUAGUACUAAGUAUAAUAAAACUUGCUCUAAGGAAGCUUUCUGAAACUAAGUAUAGUAACAUUAGGUGUUUAAAAUAUAAGAUUAAUAUUCACAUAUAAUUGCAGAGCUCUUGACUUCCUAGAACCUCUUUUGAGGAAACUUUACAAAAGUGUCAGAAAGGAAAACGUUGGUUUUGUAGUUCUAGUAGUACAAAAUUACACUUAAGAUGUUGCAAAGCAGCAGGUCUUCUCAAUUAAAUUGUUGUUUACAGAAUUUUAUCGGGAAUAACAAGAGUGAUCCUGCACCAAAGUUUGUAAUUUCUUGUAAUCUUCAUUUUGAUAGUGAAUUCAAAUGUUCAUUAUAUAGUAAUGCUUCUUACUAAAAGUAAGUAGUUUGCUUAAAUAAAACUGAAGUUUUUGGCUAAAAGGCAGCCUUAAUGGUUUAUGGGACCUAAUUUGAGGCUCCUCUUCUUCAAUGAAGUCCAACAUGGAAUUAGAAAUGUUUAUCCAAAUGGGUUAGAAGGUCCUCUGAGAGUAUUGUACUUUGACAUUUUUCAUUUAAUUAAAAUUGCACAAAAAUGCUGAACAGCAGAACAAGCAGGCUGAUUGACUGGUGACCUGCUGAUGCUAUUGUGUGUGUUGCUUAUUUGCUCCCAAUCAAAUCACUUAGUCUGUGCAUCUCACUUGCUACAGCUGAAAAAAUGACACAACAGUUUUAUUUGGAUGACUAAAAUGUUCAGUGAGAAGAGAGUUUUGUUCUUACUGCAAUGAUACCACACUGGAAGAUGUACUUAAAAUGUAACUCCUCCCAUUGCAUUUAUUUCACUAAUGUCAGGACCUCGCAAUACUGAUUUCACUACUUCUAGAAGCUGCCUUUCAGCUUGGAACAUGAUGAUGUUCUUGCACUUUUAUAACUUUUGAAACAUUGCUUCUCAUGAAGAAGCAGUCUCAAAAUACAGUGAUCAAACUAAGGUGUUUUUUCGAUAAAAUCAAGGUAGUUAAUUAUUGGAGUGCUGCUAUGAUUAUUCAAGUGAGUUCUUUCACGAGCUACAACUUUUUUGUAAAGAGUAAGAUUUUGUAUAUUUGAAAAUGUAUUGCAGAGUAUUCUGGAAAAUUAAUACCAAAUUAACGAGACAUGCUUUAUUUUGUUCCAUUUAUUUAAAAACAUUUAAAUUGGUUCAGAAAUGAAUGUCUUUUGUACAAAUCUGAAUUUUCUAACUUUUAAAGUAGCCAAAGAAGAAGAUGUCCGUGACCAUUUCCAAGUCAUAAUUUUACCCAGUUUCCUAUGUGAACCAUUGUGUAAAUUACUGAAUAGUUGUGCCAACACUGAAAAUCGAUUCACAGUUCUUGGAAUGCUUACUUGUGGCUUACUUCUUAAGCAAAAUAAGGGAUGGAAUAAUGCAGCAUGAUGGAAAACGGUCUUUUGGAGUGUUCACACUGAAAUGACUUUAUGAACAUCCCCAGUCUGCUAUGUUCUGUGUGAAGGAGAAUUUUAUAUUGCAGUUGAGUAUCAUAGUACUGUUUAGGAUCAUGCUUCAUUUUCCUCUACACCAGUUUGAUCAUUGUUUGGUAGUGGGCUAAUAAAAGCAUUCCCAUUACACUAAGACUUAAAGAAAAUACACUGAACUGUUUUAGCAACUGGAACUGAUUAUAUUUUUUUUUCCAGGUUGUUUUCCUUGUAGUGAAAUAACGAGCAACUUCUAAUACAUGUUAUAUUUACAUUGUAUUGAUCUAAUAUGUUUUAUAGGGUGGUUUGUUUUUUUUACUGGCACCAGUUCCAGGUUUCAAGAUGUAAUGCAAGGCAAGUGUCUGUGUCAAACCUUUUUUUCAAGAGAAGGAGUAAAUGUAUGAUGUGAAGUAUAAACUGUGUAAAAUUACAUGCAAAAUAAACUCUGAGGAGGAUAAAACAAAUGCA